GCAGCGGCGGCGGGGCCGGGGCGUCGUCAUCUGCAUUCACAUGGGGGCGGCGCCGGCCUCCGCCUGAAGCCCCCGCCUGGGGACACACAAAACCCACGCGAGGCGCGGGGUGCCGCGACCCUCGCCUCGCCGCCGCCAUGAAUUCGGCGGAGCAGACCGUUACGUGGCUGAUCGCCCUGGGCGUGCUGGAGUCGCCCAAAAAGACCAUCUCCGACCCCGAGGGCUUCCUCCAGUCCUCCCUGAAGGACGGGGUUGUGCUCUGCCGCCUGCUCGACCGCCUGCUCCCGGGCACCAUAGACAAAGUGUACCCGGAGCCGCGGACGGAGGGCGAGUGCCUGAGCAACAUCCGCGAGUUCCUGCGGGGCUGCGGUGCCUCUCUCCGCCUGGAGACUUUUGAUGCAAAUGACCUGUAUCAGGGACAGAAUUUCAGCAAAGUUCUCAGCUCUCUUGUGGCUUUAAAUAAGGUGACUGCAGACAUCGGGCUGGGCAGUGACUCUGUAUGUGCACGUCCCUCAUCUCAUCGGAUAAAAUCCUUUGAUUCUCUGGGAUCCCAGUCUUUACACAGUAGAACUUCGAAGCUCUUUCAGGGACAAUAUCGGAGUUUGGACAUGACAGAUAACAGCAACCAUCAGUUAGUGGUGAGAGCAAAAUUUCAUUUUCAACAGACGAAUGAAGAUGAACUUUCUUUCUCAAAAGGAGAUAUUAUUCAUGUUACAAGAGUGGAAGAAGGAGGCUGGUGGGAAGGAACUCUAAAUGGCAAAACAGGGUGGUUUCCAAGUAACUACGUACGAGAAAUAAAAUCAAAUGAAAAACCAGUCUCCCCCAAAUCAGGUACAUUGAAGAGUCCACCUAAAGGCUUUGAUACAUCUGCAAUUAACAAAAGCUAUUACAAUGUGGUGCUACAAAAUAUAUUAGAAACAGAAAAUGAAUAUGCUAAGGAGCUACAAACAAUGCUUUCAAACUACCUGCGACCAUUACAAGCCAGUGAAAAGCUGAACUCUGCAAAUACUUCAUACUUAAUGGGAAACCUGGAAGAAAUAAGUUCUUUCCAGCAAAUGCUUGUACAGUCUUUAGAAGAAUGCACCAAGUUGCCUGAAGCUCAGCAGAGAGUGGGAGGAUGUUUUCUGAAUUUGAUGCCACAAAUGAAAAACUUAUACCUUGCAUACUGUGCCAACCAUCCAUCAGCAGUAAAUGUUCUCACAGAACACAGUGAGGAGCUAGGAGAAUUCAUGGAGACGAAAGGUGCCAACAGCCCUGGGAUCCUUGUACUGACUACAGGCCUCAGCAAACCUUUUAUGCGUCUGGAUAAAUACCCCACGUUACUCAAAGAACUUGAAAGGCACAUGGAGGAUUACCAUCCAGAUCGUCCAGAUAUUCAAAAAUCCAUGACUGCCUUCAAAAACCUUUCUGCACAAUGUCAAGAAGUACGGAAGAGGAAAGAACUUGAACUACAAAUACUGACGGAAGCUAUCCGUUGUUGGGAGGGAGAGGAUAUUAAAACACUUGGCAAUGUGAUUUACAUGUCCCAGGUCAUGAUUCAGUGUGCUGGAAGUGAGGAAAAGAAUGAAAGGUAUCUUCUUCUCUUCCCUAACAUUUUGCUAAUGUUGUCUGCCAGCCCGAGAAUGAGUGGCUUUAUCUAUCAGGGAAAACUGCCUAUGACAGGAAUGACCAUCACAAAGCUGGAAGACAGUGAAAAUCAUAAAAAUGCAUUUGAAAUAUCAGGAAAUAUGAUUGAAAGGAUACUAGUGUCUUGUAACAACCAACAAGAUUUGCAUGAAUGGGUGGAUCAUCUGCAGAAGCAAACCAAAGUCACAACUGUUGGUAAUCCCACCAUCAAACCUCACUCUGUGCCAUCUCACACGCUUCCUUCCCAUCCAGUAACACCCUCCAGCAAGCAUUCAGACAGCAAGCCAAUACCACUGACUCCUGCGUACCACACUCUCCCUCAUCCGUCACACCACGGGACUUCACAUACCACGAUAAACUGGGGACCUCUGGAACCUCCCAAAACCCCCAAGCCUUGGAGUCUGAGCUGCCUCCGGCCCGCACCUCCAUUACGGCCUUCAGCAGCUCUUUGUUAUAAAGAGGAUCUCAGUAAAAGCCCUAAAACCAUGAAAAAGCUGCUUCCCAAACGCAAGCCAGAACGGAAGCCAUCAGAUGAAGAGUUUGCACUGAGAAAAAGUACAGCUGCUUUAGAAGAAGAUGCUCAGAUUCUUAAAGUCAUUGAAGCGUAUUGCACAAGUGCCAAAACACGUCAAACACUAAAUUCAAGUUCCCGUAAAGAAUCAGCUCCUCAAGUCCUGCUUCCAGAAGAAGAAAAAAUUAUUGUAGAAGAAACUAAAAGUAAUGGUCAGACUGUUAUAGAAGAGAAAAGCCUUGUUGACACAGUAUACGCAUUAAAGGAUGAAGUACAGGAGUUAAGACAGGACAACAAAAAGAUGAAGAAGUCGUUAGAAGAAGAACAAAGAGCUCGCAAGGACUUGGAGAAGCUUGUUAGAAAAGUUCUAAAGAACAUGAAUGAUCCAUCUUGGGAUGAAACCAACUUAUAACCACUUUUCUUUUUUUUUUUUUUUUUCCUUUUUUUUUCCCCCUUCCUUUUUCUUUCUAUUGAAAGACCAGUUGUAGAACUGAGCUGGGAAGCCUUCUGACAUUAGUCAGUGUUGCAUCAAGAGCACUACAAAACAGGAUUUAACUGGAUCUAGUGAUUUCUUGCUCUGAACAUAUAGAAAAAGUCAAGCCAUUUACUGAAGCAAUCUGUACUUUGUGUGGAGACCGUGGAUCCUGAACUUUCACUAAACUUAAUUUGUUUGCAUCUAAAUUACCUCAUUUUGCAGAAAGUGCGGCACCUGACUAAAAGUCCAUGUUUCUUCAGUGGCUUUUUAAUUAAAUAUAUAUUUUUCUUGUAAAUAUCUGUAAUUUUGAAUGCAUAUGUGAUCGAUGUAUCAGGACUGAUAUGUUUUCUUUUUUUGUUUCUCUUGUUACUCUAACAGUCACAAGCGUUAGCAGUGACGGCAGUACUGUCUUACCUAAGAAAGGUCAGAGUUCUUUGUGGAUAAUUACGGAUCUGUUCCGAAUUACCCACUCAUCACACAUGCAAAUUUUCUCCUGUUGACCACUAUUUAAAUCCUUCACCGUUAUUUAUGUCUGUGCAUACAUUUUUAAGCAGUUUACAAUUCUUUAAGAACAGUAUUAAGAGACAGAAAACUGUUUAUUGGCAGUAGAAGCAACUUUUAACGAAACUAAUGCCCGUGAUUUACGUUCACGUACACUCGUUUGGCAGACUAAUGUGUUGUGCUUUGGCCACCGAAAGACUGAUGUACUUGCCUGCUUUUUUUGACUGUGAUUUUUUAGGUGUUUAUGUACUACAUUUUCUAUUGUUGUGCUCAAACAGCUGGCUGAUAAUUUAAUAGAUCAUACAUCUUGUUAAAGUAAAAAAGAAAAAACCUACAAAAACAAUCUAAUCCAGGAUUUUGUGAAUAAAUUGUUGCUAUUUAUAUUUUGUGGUCACCACAAUGAAAUUUUAGCUAACCUUUGUGCAUAGGACACAUGGGCUAGGGCAAACUUCAUUUGGAGCUUUGUUUUUAUACCACUAUGUAAGACUCUCUGUUUGGAAUUCCCAGGCUGUGGAAGCAGUCAUUCCUUUCCCACCCUCUUUUCUCAGCAUGUCGCUGGUUUCUGUCCUACUAGGAUUUAAAUGGAACAAAUCCGGAAGUAAGAUUUUUCUUUUAAAAUCAUACUGUAAUUCAUAAUUUGCACUGCUGACAGAUUUGAAAAUCCAUAAACAAGCGUUUAUUCCCUAGUCUGAUGGGUGAAGUUACUGCAAUCUUGCCUUGUACUUAAAAUAGGAGAUGCUACAUCACUGCAAACAGUGAGCUUCAGUUGGAGCACUUAAAAUACUAAUCCCAUUAAAGCUCACUGUGAGUGUUUCAUUGAUUUCAGCAGGUUUUGGAUUAAACUCCAGCCAGUGCGAUUUUCUGAGGGGGUUUUCUUCAGCUAACAGUCAGAAGGGCAGGUAUAGCACAGACAUGAGUCACACCUUUUGUCGUCCUGCUUGUCUGACGCCCUGUAACUCCUGUUGAAUUUGAUGCUUGGACUUGAGCAAAUGUUUAUAUGAACUUUAAUGAGUCGGAGACAGGAUGAUGAGGGUGGCAAGAAUUGUGAUGCACAUUUGGAAUCUAAUGAAAACUCUGUUUUUAAAGCUAUCCACUUUUCCUCAGCCAAGAGCAGCUCUGUUUUUAAAUAGGAAGGAAUGUCAAUGAUGCAGUACUUGAGAAACAAUUCUGUGGGAAUGGGUAUUUAAGAAUCUGGAUAGACAAUUAAUUGCCUGAUUUAAAAAGGAGAACGUGUUUGUAGGUGUUUUAAUUUGUGCUCCUACAAUUUAAAAGUGUCUUCCUUUAAUUCUAAAGGAGGAGACUGGAUCAGAAAACUAAAAAUGACUGCGGUAUCGGAGUUAUGUAUCUUUACAGGACUUUAAAUCCAUGAUAAUUCUUGAUACCAAAAUCUCUUGCAGUUGCACAAAAGAUGGAAUUUGUAUUUAUCUUUGUAUUUUGAAAAGACUCUUGCUAAAAGCUCAGUGAUACUAAACCUGCAAAUCAAUAAAUAGCAUCUUGGCGCUAAAUUUAGAUUUGGGAAUGCUGAUAUCGUUAGAAUUUUGCUAACAUUUUUCUUUUCUGACAUUCAGGCUGUUUUCAGAGUGAAUUUGAAUUUUCAGUUGAGCAUAUGUGAAAGGACAUUCCAGAGGAAGAAGUAUGUAAAAGGAAAAUAUUAAUAUUAGCAUAGCAAACUUUAACUCAGGAACAACUUCCACCGUAACGACUUGUUUUACAUGAUCUUGUGAGGAGUGACGUUGCUAUGUAAAUUUGCUGACUCUCAAUACCUGUGAUGAUCAUCAUUUCUGACCGUACCCCUACACUGAUGUCUAAUGAACAUGCCUUAAAUGCUGGGAUUAAGCAGUUGUUAAAUAUGGCCAGGACUUAGGGACUGAUUUUGUUUGAGGUCGAUUGGGAUGACUCAUUUUUACAGAAAAGGAAAAAAACCUCCACCUAAUAUUGUAGGUAGCUUUUGUCUGUAGUGCAGAGAGUAAACUUCAGGCUUCUGAGAACCAAGGAGUACCUGAACCUUUUUUCUUCGACAAUUUCUUAUAUUGUAUAUAGAUUGUAAAUUUCACCACAGACCUUCUGAAUUGUUGGAAACUUUAUAUAAGCAUGGAUAAAUGGGGCACUGUUUAUUUAACCUAUUAAAGGGUUAUGUCUUUGCUCUCAUCAUUUAGGGAUGAGGAGAUGAAGCCAUUUCUUGUCCUAUAGAUGUGAAGCACUUUCAGUACUGAACUGUCCAAAAUGUAGCAUAACAUUUCUCUGUACUUACUGAUGUAUGCGUGUUUGUCUCGCCGUGUCAUGACAUCUUAAAGACUGAACAACUGACCGCCUUUGUAUAAACCUUCAUAAUGCCAAUCA